AUGGGUUCCAGUAGUAGUAGCCUUGUCGAUGUUUCUAAGGAUAAACCACUACAAAAGUUUGUUGGACCAGAAGAGUUACCACCAAACAGUGAAUUUUGGAAUGAUUUUUUAUCUUCCUUUGGCUCAUCAAAAAAUAACAGUGCCUUUAUGAACUUCGAAGAGACUAGUAGAAGUCUCUUAAGGGAUCUUAAAAAGAACAACCCUCAAUCACAUAACAUUCCCAAUUUAAUCCAGUUCCUCAUAUCACAGAUGUCAGAACUAAUGGGCUCCACCAAUAUAUGCGAGGAUACUAUUUUAACUGUUCAAAAUGGGCUUCUUAUUCUACGACUUUCAGUAAAAUACCUGAUGGAGCACACUUCUGAAGCUAGGUUUUUUGCUCAUUUCUCUGUAACUUCACCAGAAGAUCCGCAUUGUCUAUCUGUUAUUGAAUGUCUGUUUCCUGUUCUUUUCAAGCUUGUAACUAACUUACCCAUACAGGACAAUACCUACUUAUUGCAUUGUGAAGCUCACCUCCUGUGUAUAGUUUUACUUUCUCGUCAAAUGUAUAAGGAACUAUCGGCUCCCUUGCCACAAGUUUAUGUUUCUGUUGUAUGGGGAAAGUGUGCUUCUUUGGCUCCUGCAUUAGUUUGCCGUUUACUGUCCAACUUUGCUGAGAAUCGUCCUGUCCCACCACAUUUACAUGGUAUUGAACAGUACAGUUUAAUAUGGCGGGCUGCAUCAUCUGUUGCAGGCGGUCUACUAUCGAUUGUCACACUUGGCGGCUUCUUAAGUCGUGGCACUGCUAAUUCUACUACAACAACAACAACAACAAAAUCUGAUACACUGGAUACUCCUCAAGUGACAAUUGUUGAAGCAGUAAAAGCUACCUCAGCUGUUGAUCUUGUAACCUCUGAAUCAAAUACUAAAUCUGUUGACCAGUGUCAUUUAUUAGCUAAUGUCAGUUCAUUACUAUUAUUAGUACUUACAACACAGGCUGGAUCAAUUGAAAAGUCUAUUUCAACUUAUCCUGAUCUUGGUCUGAAAGAUUCUAACCCUCUAGGUAGAAAUCCCUAUCGAAACACCCUGUUCACUUUACAAGAUGAAACUGUGCAAAAGCAUCAAGCAGAAUCGAUAAUGGUGGAUUCAACUCAUGUACUGCCUAAGUCAACGCCUCGAUUACAACCAGGCGGUGCUACAUUGAAUGGACAUUUGAAUAUUGUCACACAGUCAUCAUCACCGUUUGUAAAUUUCACUGCAAUCUGUGAUACAGCUGCUUUAACUUUAUCUCAGGAUAGUAGCCCAUUAAUACUGUAUCUGUUAUUACAUCGUAAUACAAAUUUUCAUACAUUUAUUAUGCAAGACAGAGGAUAUGAAAAAUUGCUUCCACCCUUGUUAAAUAUUCUUUACAAAUCUCAAUCACACAAUUCACAUCUUGUUUAUAUGGCGUUAAUUUUGCUGCUUAUAUUUACGGAGAAUGAACAAUUUGGACGAGAUAUACACACAACAGAGAUUAAAUGGGUUCAAUGGUCAGCUAAUCGUCGACUAUCAAAUGUGUCCUACGGAAGUUUAACUGUUCUAGUACUAUGUCGUACAAUUCAAUAUCAUUUGAAUCAAUUAAAAGACAAAUAUCUUCAUGUGAAUAUUUUGGCAGCUCUGGCUAACUUGUCUCCGCGGAUUACUAAACUUCAUCCUUAUGCUUGUGAUACAUUGGUUAAUCUUCUACAAUUGUUAAUCAAACGUCAUAAUAAAACUGUUGAUAUCCUACGUAAAAUGUCCGAUGAUCAUCAAUCACAAACGGUUGGUGAAGUAACAAAAUUGUUGAGUAAUACAUCGAUUAACUCAUCUUCUGCUACAGAAGAGGAAACGGUACAAGAAUUAGCCUUACUUGAAGAAGUGAUUCGUAUGCUGUUGGAAAUUAUCAAUUCAAUUAUUACGCAUACAAUGAUGACGAAUACAGAUUUAUUAUAUUCCCUGUUGUAUAAGAAGGAUUCAUUUGCUCCACUGCGUUCACAUCCAUCAUUUCAGAGUGUACUCCAGAAUAUUGACAUUGUUUUGACACAUUUCUCCAAGAAAAUUGAAGCUGAACUUGGUCCUCAACCAACUCAACCACAGGCUGUUAUGCAAGUGAUACAAAAGCAUGCUAACAAUACUCAAAGAAGUUGUAAUUUAAAGAAAUUUCCAGAUUUGAAAUUCAAGUACGUGGAAGAAGAAUCUCCAGAUGAAUUUUUCAUCCCUUACGUAUGGUCUGUUGUUCUACGUCAAUCUGGCAUACACUUCAAAUCGAAAUCGCUGAUGUUAUUCACACCUGAUCCACAUACCACUACUACAAUUAAUAAUAAUACAGGUGUUCAUGACAACGAUGAUGAAGCUGGCGACAGCAAGGAUGAAGAAGACGAUAUUGACGACAGCAAUCAUCAUGAUAAUACUCAUAGUAGUUUGAAUGGUACUGUGUUGAAUAGUAAUAAUAAUAACAACAAUGGUAAUAAUAAUAAUGGUGCCUCUACACGUGAUCAAGUACUUGUUUAAGUUCUUGUGUGAGACAGUACAACAUAUCUCUGCCUGCCUGUGUGUGCGUUAAUUUUUACCCUAUGACGAUUAAAUACUAUUCGGGGAGUCGGGUGGAUGUAUGAUUUUCUCUCUCUUCAACAGAGGAUCAUUAUACCUGCAUCCAUCCAUCCCCUUCACACAUUUAUUAUCCAGCUGUCUGUGAUCGAUUUUUUUUCUGGGACGGGGGGUGGGGGUGGAUUUCUCUAUUGUUUUCACUUUUGUUUUGUUUUGUUUUUCUAGAUUAAGUUGUGUAUUCUAGGCGCGUAUUUCUUUUUUGUUUUUGUUUCAUCUGUUGACUUGUUUGUUCUUCUUUGUUUACUUAUUUAUUUAUUAAUUUGGAAACAAAACACAUGUGUUCUGA